AAACAAAAAAAGAAAAAAGAAAAAAGAAAAAAGAAAAAGGGGUUAAUAUCUGGCAGAAGAGCUAUAUCUGUGUGUGAAUCUGAAUUUCUGAAAACAAUAAGCAAGUUGAUAGUUUCUCCGAUGUUGGUGGUGCUGUCUCUCUUAAGGAUGCAAAGUUACCCAACACAUCACUCUUAAUUCUUCACUUCCUUUUUUAUCUUCUUCUUCUUCCUUUCUUUCUUUCUCUGUUUUCUGGGAAUUAUCCAACUUCUGCUUUCAUCAGUCCCUCCACUUCCUUUUAUAGAUCUUGAGUUUAGAACUAUUGGGUAACCUAAUUUGGGGAGGUAUAAUGCCCUCUAAUGCUGGAAAUGUGGAAGAUCGGUUCCAAGUCGAUGGAGGAGACAAAUCUCCAAACAUGUUGUUUGGACAGCCAUGGUGGCCCGGUCUGAAUAACAAUGGUGUCUCUCCUACUUCAGCUUCGAAUGACUCUUCCACUCGAUCGUCUAGUGGGGAGCCAGUAAAUGGUUCUUCCUUGGUUGGCCCUUUUUCAUUGCACAUCAAUGGGAUGCAGGACACUGGGGCUAGUGUUUAUAGAGAGAUCCACACUUCAUUGGCCCCUCAAUCGGCAGAGAGGGAUAACACACAAGAGACCAAACAAGUGCCAUCUUCAAUGCCACAAAAUCUUGGAGAUCAGUCGAAUUCUCAAAUUGAACUUGUUGGCCAUUCAAUUGCUAUGACAUCAUACCCAUUCCAGGAUCCAACUUAUGGUGGAGCUAUGUCUUACGCUCAAGUACAACAGGUGAUUCCUCAACUGUAUGGAUUGCACCAGAGUAUGAUGCCUCUGCCCCUUGCAAUGGAGGAAGAACCUGUUUAUGUUAACGCAAAGCAAUAUCAUGGAAUUCUAAGGCGCAGACAGUCCCGUGCUAAAGCUGAGUUGGAAAAGAAAGUUAUCAAAGCUAGGAAGCCAUAUCUUCAUGAAUCUCGUCAUGUACAUGCUUUGCGAAGGGCUAGAGGUGCUGGAGGUCGUUUUCUCAAUACAAAGAAGCUUGAUGGCAAUGAUGCUAAUUGUUUUGGGGUUUUCUGAUGUCCUGCGGGAGAGCUACAA